AUGCCUCUCUCCAUUUCUCCUGUCCCUGAAAUAUCCAUCUCGCUUGCCUCCCCCGAGGAAUGUCGCUCAGAGCCGUUUUCUCCGUUCUCUCCCAAAGGCCAGUGCUUUCCUCACGAAGAGGAUGACUCCAGCUUCCGGGCUACCUUACUAUCCCCACCGCCUCUAUUCUCGCCACGACAGUUAUCCCCCCUUCGCCCUGCAGAUUCUCCUGUCAAGGGCCAGGGUUUGGAGAGGGAUCGCUUUGAGGCGAUGAUGAGGGCUUCCAGAGAACGCAACAUUGCUAUCGGAAGCAAGAGGGAUGUCGAUCUCCGCAAAGAGAUUGCCAUCAAGGUGCACAAGAGCAAGCAGGCUGAACGCCGUGCUCUGUUCCUCUCGAAGGUGCAGGCCCCGCCCUCGCCGACGGCUACUCUGACACCCAAGACUCCUCCGGAGUCCCCGGCUAUCUUCCACUAUAGCCUGCCCUCUCCAGGUUUAACGUCCCCAGGCGAAGUCUUCGAGAUGUUAGCGCUCGAAGAAACCAUGGAGCGUAAGCCUUGGGUCGAGCAGGUUGACUUCCGUAUUCACGGACACCCCGUCUCAACGCCGUCGCUCAGAUCAGCGCCAUUGCUGCGUACAAAGAAGCAGCUUCCAUCGCUUGAUCAGAUCACCGCGCGCCUGGCUUCGCAGGGCAAUUUCGCCGCACCCGCAGCAGGCUUGCAGUCCGCGCGGUUGCCUGCAUUUUUACAGUCAGCUAGGCGCAUCCCUGCAGCGCAGUUGCGCGAUGAUGCAAACAUUUCCCUGUCGAAGUCUCGGCCGACUCCUCCCCCUGGUGUGGGCCGUCUGCAAUUCCCGGUCAGGUCGUUGCCAGACCUUCCGAAAAUAGUAAUUCGCGAACCCGCCCUAUAUCUUCCCCCUACAUCCCCCACCCUUGCACCGGCACCAAAGCUUCAGAUCGUCACCACUGUGGUCCCGCGCACGUCCUCCGUCUCCCCCAGCCAGUUCACCGAGUCCAAUCUCCAGGCGUGGGAGGAGAGUUCCCGCCAGAACACUGCCCGUAACAUGUUGACGCGGCUGCGGCGCCGUACGAUGCUGCCCGAGUCAACUCGCGAGACUGCGGCAGGCGAGGACGAAGAGGAGCGGAAGGUCAGGAGACGCAGCGCUCCGCCGGAGCUCCCUCGGCGAGAGCGAAAGGGAUUCUCCCACCCUGUCCUCGACUUACCGGGGGCAUUCUGA